GCUGAGUCUCAGGUAGACCCAUGUUGGGGGAAGUUGGAGAAUUCAGAGACUCAGGCCCUGCCCAGGGUCUCUGUCUAAAUAUAGAACUGGUCAGGUGUUUCUGCUGUGAGGGCUGCAGGAAAUGGGAGAGGGCUAAGUGCUCCCUGCCUGCUGGGCCUUGGUUUCCCAUCCAUCACGUGGGGCAUGGAGCCUCGGCUUUAUUAACUGUGCUGUGAGGCCAUGUUGAGUGUUUGAAUACGGAGGAUUCUGGAAAGGCUGUUGCAGUAGAGCAUGAGGGUGCUUAGCACGGAUUGGAUGAUACUCCUCGUUGUAGAGAUCUGGGCUUCCAUCAAGGGUGGGGAGGAUGGGGGUCAGGGAGUGGCUCUUCCUUCUCUCGACCUGUACAGAGAUGGGGUUUCACUCUGGCCUCAGACCUGGCUUGAGCGGUUUUCCUGUGUUUUGGCUGCUCUAGUGUUGGGGCCAGCUCGGCCCUUCUUUAUCCCUAUUCUGACCACCCCUCCUCCUUCUUCCCGGACCCUCUGCACCCCUUGGCCCUGACCCACAAGAUGGGGUGGCUGCAGCUCUUGGGGAGGAUGUUUGUGCUCAUCUGGGCCACGUGCAUCUCUGUGAAAGAGAUGAGUGGCCACUCGGCCCUUCUGUACCAUCCCUUAAGGUGGGCAGGUGGCAGUGGGCCUGGCCUUCAUCCCUGUCUGCUCUGCCAUUACAGCUGGGGAGCUUUGGGGAGGCAUUUCCUUCCCAAGCCUUAGCUCUCUGAGUUGGAACAAAUGAAUAAAGCUGGCCUAUCCUCCCUACUCCAUCCAUCUACUUCUCUAUCCAUCUGCCCAACUCUCCACCAUUUACCAGUCCCAGCCCCUCAGUGUCCAUCCUCCUCUCCCACCCCCAUCACCCAUCCGAUCACCUGCUCUCUUUCAUGGAACCAGCCACUCAUUCAUCCAUUCAUAUGCCCACUCAUCCUUACCGACCAUCCUUCUAUCCUUCAUUCAACCAUCUUUCCAUCCCUCCAUCCAUCCAUCCCUCCAUCCAUUCAUCCAUCCAUUUGUCUGUCUGUCCAUCUCUCCAUCCAUCCAUUCAUCCACCCAUUCAUCCAUUUGUCUGUCCAUCCAUCCAUCUGUCCAUCCAUCCAUUCAUCCAUUCAAUGAAUCAACCCAUGUAACCUGAACACCUUCUAUAUAUGUGUGGCCGUGGAGGAGGUGAUAGGGAUGGGACGAGUUUACCGUCUUUGAGUUCAUAGCCUGGUGGGGGAUACAGUAUGGGCACAAAUAUCAAGACUUGACAGUAGACCAAACAAGACCCUAAGCUGGGUUCAGAUCAGUGUUCAGAGGAAGGGAGGUGAAUUUUAUCUGGGGCCAGGGGAUAACAGAUGCUCGAAGGCAGACCUGGCACUUAUUCUGGUGGAGUAGGAUUGGGCAUGAGGACCAUGGGGACAAGGUCACUACAGGGCGGGUGUGGGGAACAGCAUGAGCAAAGGCUCAGAGGCUGGAUUUGGGGAAUGGAAGGUAGCUGUACAUUGUACCGCUUUGCAGGUUCUGGGGUGAGAAUGGGGUAAGGACUGAGGGAGGUGAGAUUUGAGGGUACGCCCAUCUUCACCGUGGAGCUGCCUAUGCCCCCCCCAGGCACAGGUCCCCUUUCAUAUCUGUCACCUGGGCUCGAGCCAGGCCUUCGCACGUUCAACCCUCACUGAGUCUCGGUCCUGGGAAAGCACCCCCCGCUCAGCUCCCCCAGCAAGGGCCAUGAAGAGGGAACCACUUUUCUCUCCUUCCUGGCCUUAGGGCAUUGUGAUCUUCCUGCUGAGACGCUCAGAUCUGCAGUCCAUCCUCUCGGAUGCCUGGUUUCACUUUGUAUUAGACAAGGUCUUGCUGUGCCACUCAGGCCAACCUGAACUGCCGACCUGAAGCGCUCCUCCCACCUCGGCCUUCCAAAGUGUUGGGAUUACAGGCGUGAGCCACUACACCCGGCCCAUUUUUAUCCAAGCUCUGCUUGUGAUACUGUCUGACUUCUUAUACUUGUUUGCCUACAAAGAGUACCUUGCCUGCCUUGUGCUGGCCAUGGCCCUGGGCUGGGUGAACAUGCUCUACUACACGUGGGGAUUCCAGUCCAUGGGCAUGUACAGCAUCAUGAUCCAGAAGGUCCUUUUGCAUGACGUUCUGAAGUUCUUGUUCGUAUAUAUCGGUUUUUUUGCUUGGAUUUGGGCCCUGGCCUCGCUGAUCGAGAAGUGUCCCAAAGACAACAAAGACUGCAGCUCCUAUGGCAGCUUCAGGGAUGCAGUUCUGGAGCUCUUCAAGCUCACCAUAGGCCUGGGUGACCUGAACAUCCAGCAGAACUCCAAGUAUCCCAUUCUCUUUCUGUUCCUGCUCAUCACCUAUGUCAUCCUCACCUUCGUUCUGCUUCUCAACAUGCUCAUUGCCUUGAUGGGAGAGACUGUGGAGAAGGUCUCCAAGGAAAGUGAGCACAUCUGGCACCUGCAGCCUCCCAAAGUGCUGGGAUUACAGGUGUGAUCCACGUGCCCAGCCACAAGACCAUUUUCUAUACUGGAGACUCUUCCCAACAGUGUCCACCCCAAAAGGCUUUCAUCCGAAAGGUCUGAGCCUAGGAAGGUUCACCAAGGCAAAAGGAAGCAAUGAGUCAAGAAGCAUCAGCAUCAGAAGGACUACUUCCUUCACUUCCCUCCCGGAGACUCACACUCCGAGAGGAAUGUGUACCUGUGCAGAGUCGGGCAGGAAGUCCUGUCAGCACUGUGGAAGCUGGAGUGUCCUGAUUCUCGGACCACAGAUGCCUCUCUGAGCCAUUGUUUAUUUAUUUUUAAAAAGCACCAUUAUUCCAUAAUAUUGAGUCCUUCUUUGUGGUUAGCAUAUGCUGGGAGGCAGGACUAUUUUCUCGGAUGUCUCAUUUGGCAGUCCACAUUGUCCCUAUACUCCCCAUGACUGGUUGAAAAUUCCAGUGUGCCCACAGGGGUGCAGAAAACACACACCACACACCCAAACACACACAACCAUCACCUCACCCCCACCCACUUCCACACAUGCCCACACUCAUACAGCCACCCACACACACCCCUGUGUGCCCAAACACACCCAUGCAUUAACACCCAUACACCUACACUCCUCCCCCCACACACCCGCAGAUAUACCCAUUGAACCAUGGGUCCAUCAGGACAUCUGAAAAACUCCGUGAUUGACAUUUCAUUAAUUUCAGGGGAAGGCGUUUUCCAGGGAUGGGAUUUCCCAGGCUCAGAUAGUGCCUUUGGCUGCAAAUGCCCUGUUAGCUAAACAUUUCCUCAGGAAAAUUUCCUUAUUCUAGACAUUAUGUGAUAUAUCUGUUUGGAAUUCAGGGUGCUUAGCCUUCCUUCCGGGGACAUGGGAGAAGCUGCCGGAGGUUGUACUGUGAAGUCAUUCAGCUCCCAGAAGGCUCCUGCCUGAGAGAGCCCAGUGUUACUGACAUUCCUUUCCUUCCUCAAGGCCUGGUGACUUGUGUCCUUUUGCUCUGGGCAGGGCCCGGGUAGAUGGGCCAUCAUCUGGGCCUGUAAACUGUACUUGACUUCUGCACUGAUUUACAUACUUUUUACUGUGAUCUUGCUUCCUCACACAGAAUUGUCACCCCAUUCCCCUUGAAUGUGCUGGAUCCUUGUAAAUUCUAAUUCAAUAACUUGUUCUUAGUGUUGUGUGUGUGUGAAACUCUGUGUUCAAGAAAGAAAUCAUAAAAAGAGUAAGAACAUUUUUGUGCCAUUGAAGAAAUGGUGUUUUGAUUUCUAAUAAAUAUUUAUUUUGC